ACAAGGAGGCACAGCCAGUAGCUCCCAGGCAGUGAGACCGCGCGUAACGAUGUAUAACCGGCAUCCGUUGGUCCCACGGCGUUAUGUCAUAGAUGACAAUCCAUCGAUGUGAAAUUUUUAAUAUGUCUUUGAUAUCGGAACUCAAGGUCAAGGAUAACGUAUACAAGAGGAGUCGAAAAAACCGUAUUUAGAAUCUUUCACAUAAAUUAUUUGGGUAUUUAGUACCUGGUAUUAUUCAGUGUCGAGUAACGAGCUACCUUUCUUGCUGCUAUUACCUGCAUCGUAGGUAGAAGAAGAGGAAGAAGAGCUUGGGCUGAGGUGAAUUGGUCGAACACAGUGCUGCCAGUUGCAAGCUCUUUCUCUGUCUCUCUCUCUCUCUCUCUCUCUCUCCCUCUCUCUUACUAUCUGUCUGUCCCUCUCCCUCUAUCUAUCUCUAUCUCUCGCUAUCUCCCUCUCGCUCGCUCGCUCGCUCGCUCGCUCGCUCGUUCGCUCACGCUCCAUCUAUCUAUCUCUCUCAACGGAGUCGACGCCGAAAGCUCGAUGCAAAUCGACGCCGUUGAAUCUCUUCGAUGAAGAUCGACGUUAGCGUCGGUGGUUUUCCUUCUCUCUAUUUCCCCUCUCUGUGUCUACGUGUCACGGUUCGAUAGCCAGAUGAACGUCGCCGACCCCAGCAGCAUCAUCAGCGUUGGCGUGUACCUGGAGAAUAUAGGAAGUACGUCCUCUGAAACGGUCGACCGCUCUGCUACCGGAUGUCAACGAACUCCUCGUAAAGAAGAAGCUUUCUCGUGCAUGGCAGAGAAAGAGCUGAAUUUUUACGACGACGCUAAAGCUAUUCCUAAUUUUUUCGAUGGGGACGAUAGUUUUGGUAACACGACGAUACGAUCUUACUCUGUAUCAUCGCAGCUACGAAAGAGCUGAUUCGAUCGAAAAUCAAUGAUCGGUCAUUGACUUUCGCACAUGCGGCUUUCGAUGUCCGUGAACGACGAACGAUUGGUACGAGAAGUGUAAAUCGAUGUCCAGCUGACGGAUGCGCGCGAUGCGAUUGGUGAACGAAUGUUCAGGGGAAUGUCAUCGUUCGAAGCUACAAACAAGUACGUUUACCAAGUACGCGAUAUGCGACGAUUUAAACUCUUAUGAUACGUAUUUCAUACGAUAGAUGUCCUCUGAUAUAAUAAAAACUAUUCAAGGAAGAUUUCCACGUAAGGUUGUGCGACGUUGAAACUUUGACGGUUGCCAGAUAAAAGAAAGCAGACUCGAAAUACCUGUAAAAGUGCACCAGGAACAUAGUACGAUUAUCUUUCGAAGAAAAGAGGCAAAGGAAAGAAAGGGGGAGAGGGAGAGAGAGAGAGAGAGAGAGAGAGAGAGAGAGAGAAAGAGAGAGAGAGAGAGAGCGAGAGAUUGGAUUAGACGCUAAGCGAUUUUAAGACAAGGCUAAUAACGGUAGAAUACUGGUGAGUUUUAGUCAACAUUUGCUGGACGAGUGGCGGGAUAACCACCGUUCUUUGCAUGGAGUGAUGAGCGGGGCCCCUGCACGGGGCACAGUGCCCCGACGUCAAAGACGCCAUCAUCAUCAUCAUCAUCAUCAUCAUCAUCAUCAUCAUCAUCAGAAACAUCCAAAACACGCUCGAAAGGAGCCUUCCGAAGAGCCGGAAGAAAAACGGCCAAAGGUCAAUCCGAUAUUCCUUUGGGCCUCUCAAAGGGAACAGAGAAUAGUCGAGGUUAGAUGUGAGGAUUACGACAAGAGAAAUCGUAUAAAAUUAACGAAAACCGCGCAAGGAUGGCGUUCGAUACCGAGAACGACAUCGAAUAUGUAUUCUACCGGUCUUGGUGCAAAUCAAGAAAAGAAGACUACACCGGCGUGUACGUCUUCGAGUUCGAGUUUGAACGAAGAGAAAGAAAAUGGCAAGACCGUAACCGCAACUAUCAGAGAUAAUAAUUUAAUAGAUAAGGGUAAGAAACGCAGGUACGAAGAUUUUUUAAAGGAUAAGAAAUAUUCACAGGAUUAUUUCCCAUUGGAGAAUCUCCAAAAUGGAGUCCGAGUUAUGGCGGAUUGGGAAAGGAAUCGAAGAAGGGCCUCUUGUUCGGAGGAUGAGCAGGAGGAUGAGGAGGAGGAAGAGGAGGAGGAGGAGGAGGAGGAGGAUGAUAGCGACGAGCAGGAUGACAAUGAAGACAAUGGAAGAAAAAAGGAUGACAGCUCCUUUACUUUGGAUACUACGAAUGAUUGUAUAAAGGCGAACGGUAAAAGCAAUCUCGAGAGAUUGCAAAAAGACGUACACUUUCAACCGCGAGUGGUCCUAGAACAUCUUCACUUAUCUCAGCUACCCGAUCAUCACCAUCAUAUUUUGUUACGAACGGACGAUAAGAUCGUUGACGAUCCCAAGGAUGCCGGCGAUAAUUCCAACGAUAACGAGAAGGAUAGAGAAGAGGACGAAGACCCGAAUAACGAAAGACAAAAUGAGGAUAUCGGUGGGGAAGAUGGGGAUGAGGAUGAGGACAACGACGACGACGACGGCGGCGGCGGUGACGACGACGACGACGACGACGACGGCGACGACGACGACGACGACGACGACGACGACGAUGACGACGACGACGACGACAACAAUGAGGAGGAGGAAGAGGAGGAAGAGAUUAAUGAUGAUAACAAAAAAUGUCGAGGAAAUAAGGAGGGUAUUCAAGACAUAUUAAAUAUGAUAGAUGCCACAGCCUCACCCGUUUUAGCAACCGACACGCCCAGUGCCGAUUUACCAAUGCACUCUACGAAAACUUUCGAAUUAGUUUUGAGUGAAAACGUAUAUCAAAAAAAGAUUAGCGAUAAGAAGAAUAAAGACUUGGAUCCUGCCUUACCUAAUUCGGUUAAAGGUAAAUCAAGGACAGAUUUUAUAUCCAAUUAUCAAAAGGAAAAUGUUGAAAAUAACGAUAAUAUUAAUGAUUGUGAUCAAUUGGAGGUACACGAGGAAAAGAUACUCGAACGUUGCAAUUCAAACAUCGACGAAAAAAAGAGUCACGUAUCGAAGGAGUCUACUUUUGUCGAUUGCAAAAAUAAUAUCGAUGUGAAAUCUUGCAAAGUUGUAGAAGCUGACGGUGGUAUUAGUCGUUCCAAGUCCGAACCCAAUCCUCUUCACAAAUGGAAAAAUAGCUUGGCUAUGAACGUAUCCGAAGUAGACGAGGAAGCACCCGAUGAACCAACGAAGAUAGAUUACAGUAGCAGUUCAAAGAUUUUGAAAGCUCUCAGAAAUACUCCAGGACUUUCGGUUUCGAUUACGACGGCCCAUCCCCAAGAGGGAACGAAAAAUUCAAUCGUACCUUCCUCCAGGCCGUCUUCGAAAAGUUCUUCGUCAAGCAGAUCGCCCGAUUCUCAGGCAGAAAAUGUAGAAAAACUUUUGAAAGGUUCCAUGAUCGAUUAUUCGUCAACGAAAUCGUUCGAUCCCCGUGGUCAAGUAUUAAAUUUACCUCGAAACCUUCCGGGCUUGUCGAUCGUCAUACCGAAUUAUCGUUAUCGCAACGUAUCCAAUUCGCAGUCAACGACGAAUACGACGUCUCCAAAAACGAAGGACAGGGUGGAAUCGCCAGAGAGUACCGUCAAUUUUCCAAAAACUGACUUCCCGCACGAGGAGGAGGAUGAGAGGGAUCUCGAGGACGACGAGGAUGAUUACGAUUCUCAAGUUUUAGAAGAUCUUAGAAGACAAAAAGCCGAUUCUUUGGUUUACGAUAGCGUCGAUAGUGGCUGUUUUCGCAGAUCGAAUUCUAGGAAUAAUCAGGAUGACAGAAACACUCCCAUAGAAAGUAUUAAGGAUCGUACGGACGGUGCAUGGAACAGUUCCGGUCGAAGUAGCGAAGCUCAAGCAAAGUGUAAGUAUCAGGAUGUGGAACACUUUGACGAGCAAGUACUUGAGGAACUUAGAUCUCGCGGUACAGUAGUUUCGCCCCAACCUAGUGGUAUCCCAUGUUCGCCUGCCUCCAAAAGGCCUUCCUCGGCGUACUUGGAAAGGCUAUUACCCAGCCCACCUUGUUCGGUGUCCUGUUCGGAGGAUGCGAAGAACGAUUUGACCUUAAAGGGUAUUUUGUCGUCGCCAAGUUGCCUGGAAAAUAAAGAUUAUGAUAAGAACAGGGAAACUACGUCAAAUCGAUGCGAGCCUGUAACCAACGAAUAUAUGACUAGUCGGUCGGAUUAUUCCAAAGAUAACGAAAAAUCGAAUGGUGGUACGCGUAGAACGGUACGAACCUUCCACGAGCAUUCGAACGUUCAGAAUCAGGAUAUAAAGAAUACCAAUGGAAGGCCAAUGUCGAGCGGUGAUAUUCAUAGUACAUUCUUAAUAAGCGAUCGUACUGCGUUAAAGAAGCCUAUAUCGGCCGAAUGGGCGAUUAAUCGGCUAAGAAAACAGGCUGGUUAUCAUAAAAUUUUAGUACGAUCCAGGAUGCAAUCGGCUGAAUAUCAAGAAGCUUACGCGACGUCUACUAGUACGGACAAACUCUUGGAUCCAGCCAGUCAACUCAGAGAACUGAUAGAAACGUCCGGUCAUUUAAUACCUGAUCCCCUUUUAGUACCACGUGACUAUCUUCCAGCUUUGGCCGCGGCACCGGCUACCGAAAUUCCAAAACUUUUAACCUCGAGACCGGAAUUAAGAUUACCAGAAGCAUUAACAAGGCCGGAUCUAUUAAGAGAUCCAGAUUUAUUAGUGAUAUCCUUGACUCAUCUACAACAUGUGCUCGAUCACGGUGAAGGUCCUGUCUCCAGGUCACGACAAUUCCAAUCCAGGAUCGGCAAUGGCGUUAACAAAGGAUCAAGUCACGUUAAUCACAAUGGUAUCAGGAACGGUACGCAAAUAAGGCCCAAGCUUAGUUGCAAGCCUAUCGGCACGCUGAUGCCGGCGCCUAUCGAUCUCUCUAGCAAUCGCCGCUCCAGCCCUUAUCCGCCAUUACUCAGGGUACGAACUGGAUUGCUUAAACAGGAGCCGGAAGUAAGCUCUACAGCGAGUUCGCCGGAUGAUUCGCAACUUUGGCAUCCCCUUUUUGGCAGUCAAAAGAGGCAACAUCAGCAGCAUCAGCAACAACAUCAGCAACAACUUCAGUAUCAGCAUCAGCUUCCACAUCAAAAUUCGCAUCAGCAUCAGAAUCAGCAGCAGCAGCAGCAGCAGCAGCAAAAUCAACAUCAGCAUCAGCAGCAACAACAUCAGCAUCAACAACAACAUCAGCAUGCCUCUUGGCAUAGGACUACUUUAGCAUCUUGACCGUUACGACCAUAACCUUGACCAAUAGUCGUCUUAACUAGUAGUCAUUUCAAUCCAUGAGAGAGACAAGGAGAGAAAGAGAGAGAGAGGAGAAUAAAAGAAAAAACUUCUUUUCCUUGUUCCACUACAAGGAAAAAUUUAUUAUUAGAUUCUAAUCCAAAGCGUUAGGGAACGGUAAGAGAGCAUUGGCGUAAGAUCGAUUAUACACUUAUGUACGCAACUCCAAACGCGUUAAGUCGAUCAUUUGACCACGAUCUUUGACAUUGUUAAUCUCAGCAGUAAAUUUUGUUCUAUCCGUAGGGACGAUAGUGCAAUAAUAAAUCGCCGUGACGAUAUUCUAAAUAUUUCUUUGUUACCAUUCGAUUGUCCAAUUUUAUUCGAUGUUACGUUAAGAGAUAAAUCGUUUUAUAAGCGUAUAUUAAGAAUCUUUUUAUCGGGGAUAUAUGCAAUGAGUUAUUGUUAAGUUCGAAUUAACAAUUUACAUAUCGUCCUUGUUACAUUUGUUAUAGAUUUUUUUUUUUUUUUUUUAUUAUAUUUACGAUGAUCAACGGUCGUGUAUCAUUUAACGUGCAAUAACUUGUCCUUCUCUUUGAUUUUCUUCUUUGAAAUCGUCACGGCGACGUUAAAGUGUAUUUCGAGUUUUUAUCAGCGUUUUUAUUGUUAAAUCUCGAGCAUGACUUAACGAUUACGAUCGAGUCGAGUUUGCAGAAUGAUAGAAAAAAAAGCAAAAUUAAUAUUAUAUCUAAUUAAUAUUAUAUCUAGUAUUAAUAUUAGAAGAAAAAAAGAAUUGUUACAGUAUAACCAUCGAACAGUAUUGAGAAUAUUCGACAAUAAUUUCAAUAUAUAAUCGAUACUCUUUUCUUGAUUAUAUAAGAUAAAAUAUUAUCAUGGAAUGGGAUGUAAAAUCAAAGUUAAUCGUGUGCCUAUCAUCGUUUCUUAAUUGAUUGAAAAGUCUAACUUUGUCGAUUAUAAAAUCGCUGUAAACUCGACUUUGAUUAGUUUCGCGAUCGGGAGAAAAAAACAAAGCGUACGCUAUAAUUUUCCAUGAAAAUGAUAAAGAGAGAAUAUCAUAUUUUAUAACGAGUAUGUAUCUUAUUUUUAACUAUGUUAUCUUGAAAUAAUAUUUUGUAGACCUCUCUCCUUUAAAGAUUUAUCAUCUAUCUAUAUUUAUGCAGUGAAAAAAAAAAAAUUAAGAAAAAGAAAAGAAGAAAGAAAAAUACCGAUUACGCUCAUACGUUCAUAACUUUAACGCUAUGAGCUUACGUCAUCGAAUUAUAAACGCUAAUUACAAGAUUUGAAUGAUUGCGGAGCUAGAAACGCUUGAUUUCUCUCACAUAUAUAUAUAUACACACACACAUGAGUAAAAGAAAGAAAAAAAGAAGAAAAAAGAAAAAAAACGGAAACGUCAAAAAUUUUGACUGUACGCGUCCUAUGACGAAGCUAGGUGCUAUUCGGUAGAUUAAAAAAAUAACAAAAAAUAAAUAAUAAUAAUAAUAAUAAUAAUAAUAAUAAUAAUAAUAAUAACAAUAAUAAUAAUAAUAAUAAUAAUAAUAAUAAUAAUAAUAAUAAUAAUAAUAAACGAAAGGUAAAGAAAUAAACAAAAACAAAAUAAAAAGAUAAGACAAAAGUGAAGAAGAAAAUAGAGAAAAUCACUUUGAUUGAAACGUGUAGAUAGUUUCGUUUAGGUAGGUAAAAUAUUUUAUACGAUGUACACACACAAGCAGCAUCAUGUACACACAUGUACGUAUCAUAUAGGUCAAUGAUAUAAAAAAAUGCACGGAUACACGAAUGCACACGACAAAAAUCGUGAUAGAUUGAAAACAUAUUUCCGUAUCCGUUAUGUCAGAUCGAUAAAACGCGUGCGUAAUUAUUAUUACAAUGUAUACGCGUAUAAAUACAAAAAAGAAAAAGAAAUAGCUAAAACGUUGAAUGUCCGAUUCUGUGUCCAUUAGCCUGCAGGUAACAGGUUGCCGUCAUAUAUGGCAUGAAUGAAAUUAAUGCAGAUGCAGCGCGAAAUGUAUCGUAGACUUACACAAUCCUCAAAUCACAUACUUCGAAUUCUGAUAUUUUCCAUGUGAUAUUCCAUAUAUAGAAUGCAGGAAUAUUAACUGAACCUUUCAACCUUUGUUUUUUUUUCUUUUCUUUUCUUUUUUUUUUUUUUUCUUUCAUUUCUUCUCUCUCCUCAUCCUCCUUCCCUUUUUAUAUAUGUAUAUAUGUAUAUAUAUAUAUAUAUAUAUAUAUAUCUUUUUUCUUCUUUCAUCUUUUCUUUCUUAAUCUUCCAAACAACUUCCUUUUCCAAGUUUAAUAGCGAUUCAUGUCAUGGCUUCACGUUAACUGCAAUUUUGGACAAAAACUAAUAAGUAUCAUUAAUAUCCUUUUACUACCACGUUAAAAGCGUGGGAUGUAUAGAUUUGUACUUGUUUGUUUAAUUUAUUGUUAGGUAGCUGAAACAUAAAUGUUCACGAAUCACAACGAUGUCGAUGAGAUUUGUGAAUAGAAAAAAGAGAAAACUUUUAGAUCAAUCUUGACUGUUUAGCCUUUAGAUUCUAUUAGCAACGUAAGAAUGAUUAAAACAUUAUUUUGUUGAUAUAUAUAUAUAUAUUAUACGAUAUUAUUGAUUAUGAAUUAUGAAUAAUCUGUAAAUAUAUGAGACCAAUGCA